CACCCCCAGCGUAAAAGCCAAGCUAUUAGUUCCCCCCUUCCACAGUUUAUGUGAACACAAGACCUUUGUGUUAGUGUUUGUGUUGAGAGAAAUAUAGCAAAAGAGCGAGCGAGUUUGCAAUGGCAGACUCCAUGGCGCAACUUAGCAGAUCGAGAGACCUGGACAAGCUCCUCUUGAGGCCUGGCCAUCUCGUCGGCCCUACCUUCGAACCAGGUCCUGAUUUGAGAGACGACCUUCAACAAUAUGCGAGAGUGCUGGUGGUUGGUGCUGGUGGAUUGGGCUGUGAACUGCUCAAGGACUUAGCUCUAUCGGGUUUUCGAAACCUCGAAGUCAUAGAUAUGGAUCGAAUCGAGGUUUCUAACCUCAAUCGCCAAUUUCUCUUCAGGCUUGAAGAUGUUGGAAAGCCAAAGGCUGAGGUGGCAGCAAAACGUGUCAUGGAAAGAGUUAGUGGUGUGAAUAUUGUGCCACAUUUUUGUCGGAUUGAAGACAAAGAACUUGAAUUUUACAAUGAUUUCAAUAUUAUUGUCCUUGGGCUUGAUUCCAUUGAGGCUCGAAGCUACAUAAAUGCCGUCGCUUGUGGUUUUCUAGAAUAUGAUUCUGAUGACAAGCCACGAGAAGAAACAAUCAAACCUAUGGUAGAUGGUGGAACUGAAGGUUUCAAGGGUCACGCUAGGAUUAUUGUGCCAGGUGUCACACCAUGCUUUGAGUGUACCAUUUGGCUUUUCCCCCCUCAAGUGAAGUUUCCUUUAUGUACUCUUGCUGAGACCCCUAGAACUGCUGCUCAUUGUAUUGAAUAUGCCCACUUAAUCAAAUGGGAUGAGGUUCAUAGCGGACAAACUUUUGAUCCUGAUAACCCUGAACAUAUGCAGUGGGUCUAUCAAGAGGCUGUCAAGAGAGCAGAGCUUUUUGGCAUUCCAGGAGUUACAUAUUCUCUAACUCAGGGUGUGGUGAAAAAUAUCAUACCUGCUAUAGCUUCCACCAAUGCAAUAAUAUCAGCUGCAUGCGCACUUGAAACAUUGAAAAUUGCGACUGGAUGCAGCAAAACAUUAUCCAACUAUUUAACGUAUAAUGGUGUUGAAGGUCUGCACACUAAAGUGACGGAAUUUCUGAAGGACAAAGACUGUCUCGUUUGCGGUCCUGGCAUUCUUAUUGAGCUAGACACUUCAGUUACUUUACAAAAGUUUAUUGAUCUACUUGAAGAGCACCCUAAGUUGCUCCUGUCCAGAGCAAGUGUUUCGCACCACGGGAAGAAUCUGUAUAUGCAGGCACCUCCAGUACUAGAAGAGAUGACUCGAUCAAACCUAAAUCUACGGCUAUUUGACCUAAUGGAUAAAAUCCCCAAGGAUAUCAUCCAUGUGACUGGUACAACCAGCAAGGGUGACCAUAAAACAUCAUGUUUAAGGAAACUUCGUGUUGUUUUCAAGGGAAUCGAUGGGGUUACAGAUAUGGAUAUGGCUGGUGGGGCAUAAUUUUCAUGCACCUGAUUUUGCAUAUUAAUUUGGAUCCAAAGUUGCUUCCGUGCCUGCACAAAAUCCUUCCUCUCUUUCCCUUUCCAAGUAUAUUAUCUCAGCGAAAGCAAGAAUUAACUAGGUGAGUGUUUUGUAACAUCCUUUGAAAGAUGUCUCAUCAAAAGGACAUGAAUUUAAAACCAAAUGAGCUAUGAGAUUCGAGAAAUCUCAUUUGAUGGCAUGAGAUUCAAGAAAGUUCAUAUGCUUACUAGAAAUACAUGUCUGUCGUGUUUAUGUUACUUAUUCAACUUGAAUCUGAUACAAGCAGUGAGAAGUGCAUUGCUACUUUAUUACUCCA